UGAGAGGAGCGCCGGAGUCAGAGCGGACAAGCCACAUCUCCAGGAGAGCUGGAUUAAGUACAGAACAAUGGAGACAGGUGUGUCUGAUGUGACGCCAGCGGGCUGGCUCAGGGAACACGACUUCAAUACAAUGUAGACGCCAAAAACCCGGCAGCCGAAGAGUCUGAAGACCGACCCGACAAGAAAGCUCGAGGAGGAGUAACGACAGCUGCGCCAAAUCAACACCAGCAGAGGAGGAGAAGAAGUCCCGACAAGUGGGGAGCGAAAGAGGGAAAGCAUUGGACUGAAUCAUUGACGUGGAUCGAGGAUCACAACCUCAGCUGCUGGUGUUUUUAAGGGUUAUCUACCCACAAUCCACCGUUUCAUCUCGCAGCAGCCCCGAAAUCUGAGCACAGACGCAUCAUGUGCCAUGUCAUCGUCACCUGCCGCUCCAUGCUGUGGACUCUGCUGAGUAUCGUGGCCGCCUUCGGGGAGCUCAUUGCCUUCAUGAGCACGGACUGGCUGGUGGGGUAUCCCCGCACGCCCGACGCCGUCUACGGCCCCCAUGGGGCCACGGCAGCGGGCGAGGCCUAUAGGCCCACGUUGGGCAUCUACGGCCGCUGCAUAAAACUGCCACACAUGCAGCGGGGGAUUCUGUGCGGCCCGUACGCCGUUCACUUCGGGGAGAUUGCCAGCGGGUUCUGGCAGGCGACUUCCAUCUUCCUGGCGGCGGGGAUCCUGCUGCUGUGCGCCGUGGCAUUCAUCUCGGUCUUCACCAUGUGCUUCCAAAGUAUUAUGAAGAAGAGCAUCUUCAAUGUGUGUGGACUGCUGCAAGGAAUCGCAGGUCUGUUCCUGAUCCUGGGUCUGAUGCUGUACCCCGCCGGCUGGGGUUCGGACAAGGUCCAGCUGUACUGCGGCCCGGACGCAGCCCCGUACCGGGCCGGGCUCUGCUCCAUGGGAUGGGCCUUCUACACCGCCAUGGGCGGCACCGUGCUAACCUUCGUAUGCGCCGUCUUCUCCGCUCAGGCCGAGAUCGCCACCUCCAGCGACAAAGUUCAGGAGGAGAUAGAGGAGGGCAAGAGCCUGAUCUGCCUCCUGUGAGGCGUUUCUGAGGUGGAGUGGAAGAAGGAUGAGGUGGAGGCGGGGCAAGUGAAGACCAAGCCCUGCUCUCCUGUUGUUUCUCUUGAGGCUGGCCCAUGAAGUGGAGGCCGCUGCUUUGUUUACCACUAAAACUGACUCCUAUUUUGUCUCUGUCUUUUGUGUUUAUGUGGGAGAAACUUACAAGUGCCAAGUUUUUUUUCUCUCAGAGUGUCAUCUUCGUCUCUGACACUAGAGGUGCUCGGUCUGUUUUGAAUUUUUUUUGAAUGUCUGUCACCGCAUGUGCUGUAAAUAAAUGUGAUUUAAAUGUAUUUUGUACAUAGAUUCGAUUGCAAAAUGAUAGUCGGCUUGAUCCAGGCUGGGCUAAUGAUGUCACUCUUGCCACUCUUGUUUAAAAAAAAAAAAAAAAAAAGAAAAAAGAAAGAAAUGAAAAAUACUGGUGUUUUCGUCACCAGAACACAACCAGCAAACCUGGAUCUUGGAACCGUUUGCCACGUGUGAGUGUUAACUCAACAAGGGAACCACUACUCAGUCAGAAUAAGCAGCCUUAAGCUUGGCGUGGAUGUCUUUCAGAGCACACAGAAUGUACUAUUUGAAUGAUUUAUGUGUUUGUAGACCCUUGAAAUGUAUCUGUGGAAAGGAUUAUCCUCCAGGACUGCGUGGAGACGAGCAAAGGAGGCUCUGGAGUGAAUUCUUGUCCUAUCCAAACCGAUGUCCCGUGAAGGAUCCGGUCCCUCCUCCAGCAGACAGACAUCAUGGACUGAACAAUGAGGACUCGCGGACAAAUGAAGUAUUGCUGUUGUUAGUAGCGUCUGGUUUCAGGGAGUGCGUGUCGACUCUUAGAUAGGACAGUAUUCUGAUUUGUUUCUGCCAAACAAAUAAAGAGAAGGGAAAACUAA